UAUAAAAUAAAAUAGUAAUUGAAAUUAUCCUUAGUUCCUAUCUGCAGCAGAAUGGGAGGUCAACAGCAAAGGGAUAUAUAUAAGUGCAACUUGAGUUUGAAAGCUCAAAACAUAGCGAAAUCAGAACUGCGGGAGGAUGAACAGACACGUGAACACGCGCUCGAACAGUUCCGCGAUUGGAUUGAAAAACACCCGAGUAUCACAAAAUGCAGAACCGACGCCGUCUUUUUAUUACGAUUCCUCAGAACCAAGAAGUUUAGCUUGCCACUAGCUGAGGAUAUGCUUGAACGCUACUUAACUAUAAGACAACUAUAUCCCGACUGGUUUCAGAACCUGGACAUCGACGAUCCAGAGAUUGAAUCUAUUAUUGAUGCAGGCUAUCUUGUACCUCUACUGCAGAGGGAUUUCCAUGGCAGAAAAGUUAUCCUUUCAUGUGCUGGUCGCUUCGAUCCAUACAAAUUCACGUCCGCGCAGAUGGUACGGGUGCACAGUCUCGUGGUGGAAGCACUCAUGGAUGAUGAAGAGAGUCAAGUACAUGGAUAUACACACCUGAAUGACGAAUCUGGAUUAACGAUGGGUCACUUGAGUUCCUGGUCCAUAAGCGACAUACGCAAUAUGCUCGCCUGCAUCCAGAAUAGUACUCCUAUGCGUCACAAGGAAACACACCUCGUUAAUGUACCUGGCUGUGCAACUAAAAUUAUCGAACUUGCUCUCUCUUUACUUAAUGACAAACUUCGUUCACGCGUAUUGCUUCAUAAAUCCUUGGGAGAUUUACAACAGGCAAUAGAUUUAAAAAUUCUACCGAAAGAAUAUGGCGGUGAAAUACCUCUUUCAGAUAUGAUUGCUGAAUUUAAAAAAUCGCUACGAGAAAAAAGGGAUUCAAUCAAAGCCUUAGACGAAAUGCAUAUAGAAAUAUCACCAAAGGAUAGCUGCUCAAUAACUGAAGGCCUUGGAGGACUUGCAGGAUCUUUUAGAAAAUUAGAAGUUGAUUAAUUGAAAAUUUUUACUUAUAUU